AUGUCAAGUCAAUUAAAAGCUUAUGAAAAGCUGGUGCCAUCCGAAAAUGAUUUGCAGCUGAGUGAAGUGAUAGACUUGAGAAGCGAUACAGUAACAAAACCGGAUGUCCAUAUGCGCCAAGCAAUGUUCGAAGCCGAAGUCGGUGACGAUGGUUACGGAGAGGAUCCCACCAUAAAUCUUUUGGAAGAAAAAGCGUCGAAACUAUUUGAGAAGGAAGCUGCAAUAUUUUUACCAAGCGGACUCAUGGGAAAUUUGAUUGCAAUGAUGGUUCAUUCAAAACAACGAGGAGGAGAAGUAAUAGUGGGCCAUAAAAGUCAUAUUUUGCUGUGGGAACAAGGUGGAGCUUCACAGAUUGCAGGGUUGCAAAUGCGAGAAGUUAGAAAUUUGGACGAUGGCACUUUGGACAUGACAGAGUUACUUGGAAAAAUACGACCGGAGUUCCCUGAUCCUCACGAACCAUAUACUACACUAGUAUGCAUAGAAAACACUCACAACUAUUGUGGGGGUACUAUAUUGCCUAUCGAAUGGAUUGAUCAGUUGGGAAAACUUACCAAAGAGAAAAAUAUACCUUUGCAUAUGGACGGAGCUAGAGUUUUUAACGCAGCUGUGGGUCUUGGAGUUCCAGUCAGCCGCAUUGUAAAGCACUGCGAUUCGGUGACGUUUUGUUUGAGUAAAGGUCUCGGAGCGCCAAUCGGCUCCAUUUUAAUCGGUGAAAAAUUAUUCAUCGAAAAGGCCAGAAGAAUAAGGAAAGUUUUGGGUGGUGCCAUGCGACAAGCCGGAAUCGUGGCCGCGGCGGGACUUUACGCGUUGGACAAUUGCGUGGAAAGGUUGGCCGACGAUCACAGAAACGCCAAGAAAAUAGCUUAUGCUAUCCAAAGGAUGGCAAGUCCCCAUGUGACCGUCAACCUAGACGCACUCGACACAAACAUACUUUUGGUGAACAUUAACCCGCCUGCAGUCGACGCCAAAUACUUCGUUUCAGAGCUUAUAAAGGUGGACGCUGAUGGAAGCGACAGUAAGUCGAACAAUAAGAUACGAUCGACGGCCGUGAGGAUAGCGCAGAUAAACGAUGCAAGAGUGAGAUUCGUGACGCACAAGAACAUCACCGACAAAGACUUGGAUAUGGCCAUUGAAAAGAUUAAGUAUGUCAUUGGAAAAAUCGACAUGUACUGUGGCCGAUAA